AAUAAAAUAACGGCCGGCUAAUUUGCUUAAAGAAAAACCCAUAAGGUUAGUUGACGUCUGUGUUGAAAACCUAAUAAACCCUAGCUGCCGCUUGUUGAACCUGCUCUCCAUCUCCGGCGAGCUACCUCUCCAGAUAUCUUUGAAGUCGUUAACACCAAAUAUCGCAGCCAUGGCGAGUACUAAGGUCCAGAGGAUUAUGACUCAACCCAUUAACUUGAUUUUCAGGUUCCUUCAAAGUAAAGCUCGAAUUCAAAUUUGGCUUUUUGAGCAGAAAGAUCUGAGGAUUGAAGGCCGAAUCAUUGGCUUUGAUGAGUAUAUGAAUUUGGUUCUUGAUGAUGCUGAGGAAGUCAAUGUCAAGAAGAAAACAAGAAAGACUCUUGGAAGGAUUCUUCUUAAAGGAGACAACAUUACUCUGAUGAUGAAUUCGGGGAAAUGAUGAUCAACUUAGCAAGUGUUUGGACUUCUGUAUGAGCUACAUAGAGUCGACUGCUACAUUUAACAUUGAAACAUGCUUUGAUUUGGACUCUAGGUGAUAAAUGUAGGCGGAAUAUGAAUCAAGUAAAAUGUUUUAAGAGAUUAGGUUGGUCAUUAUUUUGACCUGGCAAUAUCACUUGCUGUGCAAUUAAUAUCAUGAUGCUUGUCAGGAUUAUCUUUUAUGGGAUGUACGAUUAUGAACUACUGUAUGCUCAAUACGAAUGGAAACUUGAUAGUUUUGUACU